AUGGACCAAAACAUUGCUACCUACAGAAUCAGUAUACGUGGAAAAAAAUGGUGGUGGCCAAUCUUCACUUGGUUAAUAGAUGUAAGCGUAAAUAAUGCUUGGGUAUUACAAAGGAAAGUAAAUCCAAAUAUGCCACAACUUCAAUUUAGACGUGAAAUAGUCCGCAAUUUGCUAUUAAAAUACGGGACGAAACCUAAAGUUGGAGGAAGGCCAUCCACAUCGAUGUCAAGUGUCUCUUGUAAUAGAAUAAGUGAUAAUAUUAGGUACGAUGGGAAAAAUCAUCUUAUCAUUCCAACCCUAGAAAAAAAAAGAAAAAGAUGUGCUGGUGAAAGGGUGUUCGUCGAGUAA